AAAACUGCACUGAAUUCGAGCGAAAGUUAAAAUUAUUUAGCGUAUCAACAAAUAUGUUUGGUCAACGUAAAUAUAACCGUUUCCUAGCAACGUUUGAAGGCCACUGUAAUUUUAUGCAAUUGAACACACUCAGCGCCGAAGUAAACACACAGUGGCUCAGGAAAUAUCUAAACAGCUGUUUAACCUACAAAAUAAAUUGUAAAUAUUACGAGUUUGCUCGUAAGGCAACAUAAAAACAUAAAUUACUAGUUAAUUUUACUAAUUUAGUCUAAUAAAAAAGAAUGUUACGAACCUUACACUUAUUAAGAACACAAGGCAAGCGCGCGUGUCGACUACGUUUUCAAUCUACAAGCGGUAAAAGUGGUACAGCCGCCGGUGAAGCAGCGCGGAAACGGCAAAAGUCAACGCUAUAUUAUUUAACUGCUGGAGGUAUUUUCGUAGCUGGUGCCAGUUAUGCGGCGGUACCACUAUAUCGCAUGUUCUGCCAGGCAUACAGCUACGGCGGCACAACGUCGCAAGGACACGAUGCCGAUAAAGUAGAAACAAUGCAGAAAAUUGAAGAUCGCAUAUUGAAAAUACGUUUUAAUGCGGACAUUGCCGCGUCGAUGCGUUGGAAUUUUAAACCGCAACAAUAUGAGAUCAAAGUAGUGCCCGGCGAAACGGCAUUGGCGUUCUACACAGCUCGCAAUCCCACAGAUCAGCCAGUUAUUGGUAUUAGCACCUACAACGUGCUGCCAUUCGAAGCUGGUGCAUAUUUUAACAAAAUACAGUGUUUUUGCUUUGAAGAACAACAAUUAAAUCCACACGAGGAGGUGGAUAUGCCUGUUUUCUUCUAUAUUGAUCCGGAAUUUACAAAAGAUCCGAAACUGGAAAAUGUUGAUACGAUAACAUUAUCGUACACUUUCUUUGAAUCAAAAGAAGGCUUGAAAUUACAAAUGCCUAGCUAUGCACGUCCUCAUGUAGCGUAAUGCAUAUUUGUAAUAUUGUUUUAGCAAAUUAAGCAUGAAUGUCUAAUAAUAUUAUUUAUUGACUGCCUCCUGACUACUAUUGUAAAUAAAACAUUAUAAAUACAA